CAUUCUGUGGCAAACACCUGAUGAGAGAGCUGUGUCACUGCGAGAGCAAUUCAUAGCUGCUGCACUGAGAAACUCCUCGCUCCUGCCUCGGACCAAACCUCUUCACCAUGUCGAGGGUUGGCAAGGAAGUGGCAGGUCAGGUCCUAAGCUUCGUAGGCCUGGUCUUGGCAGCAGUUUGCUGUGGUGUGCCUAUGUGGAGGGUGACCUCGUACAUCGGUGCCAACAUCGUGACAGGCCAGAUCGUGUGGGACGGACUGUGGAUGAACUGUGUGAUGCAGAGUACGGGUCAGAUGCAGUGUAAGCUCAACGAGUCUGUGAUGAGGCUGUCGCAGGAUCUGCAGGCCGCACGUGCGCUGGUCAUCAUCUGCCUGGUGUUCGGCUUCAUCGGCUUCAUUAUCUCGUUUAUCGGUGCCAAGUGCACCAGCUGCCUGAAGAAGGAGUCUAGUAACGCCACUGUGGUGAUCAUAGGUGGGUGUCUCAUCAUUCUGUCUGCAAUCCUGAUCCUGGUCCCUGUCUGCUGGUCUGCAGCCAUCAGCAUCUCAGACUUUCAGAGCGCCUUGACCAUAGAAACACAGAAGAGGGAAAUUGGAGCUUCUAUUUACAUCGGUUGGUCUUCAGCUGCAUUCCUUCUGAUCGGAGGGAUAAUUCUGACCACAUCAUGUCCCCCCAACCGACCCGUGAUUCCAAACUACCCAGGAGCGAUGUACCCAUACCAACCAGCAAACACAGCAGCAUACGGUCCAGUGUAUGUUCCUCCAUCCAGCCAGGCAUACACAGGGACUUACUCUGGAACCUACGCCCCCACAAAACCUUACGCAGCACCAACCACAUACUCCACUCGGGGAUAUCUUUGAAACUAAAUGGACAGACAGCACAAAGAGACUGAAAAAUACAACAUGGUUUCAUGAAGUUAUGUUGCCACUGGAUGAAACUGUGGAUAAAACUGUGCCAAAAUACAUGUACUUUUAGAGCAUGGUAUGUAAUCAGCAAAACGUGAUGUAAAAACUGCUUAUUUCAUUAAAUGAUUCUUAACAGAUUUCUCUUACUCAUUGGUUAAUUGUUCAAAAGUUAAUGAGUAACAUGAGUGAAAUGUUGUUCCUUAUGCAACCAAUAAAAUGGGUAACUUUUUGUACACAAACAACUGUCAUUUUAUUUAUUUCUCUGAUUGCAGAAUGUACUUUCUGAAGUGUUGAUUUAUUGUUUGUUUUCUGAAACACAAAAUUGCUUCAAUAAAAUCUAU